CGGCCACCGGGCGUGGCCAAAGCGGUCCCCGAGAGGCUUGUUUGCUCGGCCAGCAGGGCGGAGGCGGCGGGGCGGACCCCCGUUUCCCGGCGGCUUUCGUGCUCUCCCCCUGACCCGGCGAGGAAGAGGAGCCGAUGGGACCCCGUUGGCGCCGGCCACAAGCUUGAAAAAGCCGAGCCAACUUGGCGCAAAGUUCCCCAGUUUUCCCCAGGCUGCUCCAGCGUUGCUGCCCUCUAAAAGAUGCACUACUACCGGUAUCCUUCUGCUGAAAUCAGCUGUUGGUAUAAAUAUCUCCUCUUCAGCUACAACAUCAUCUUCUGGUUAGCUGGUGUUGCCUUUCUUGGAGCUGGUCUUUGGGCAUGGAGUGAAAAGGGUGUGCUGUCUGACCUAUCCAAAAUGACUCGCCUGCAUGGCUUUGAUCCUGUGUUCCUUAUCUUGUUCGUUGGAGGGGUGAUGUUCAUUCUGGGGUUUGCCGGCUGCGUGGGAGCCCUGCGUGAAAAUAUUUGCCUUUUGAAAUUUUUCUGUGGGACCAUUGUCGUUAUUUUCAUUUUGGAGUUGGCCUUGGCUGUUCUGGCGUUCUUGUUCCAGGACUGGGUGAAAGACCGAGUAGAAACUUUCUUCAAAAACAACAUUAAGGCCUACAGAGAUGACAUUGACUUGCAGAACCUCAUUGAUUCAUUGCAAAAAAUGAACCAAUGUUGUGGUGCUCAGAGUCCAAACGAUUGGAACCUCAACAUUUAUUUCAACUGUAGCAGUGCGAGCAAAAGUCGGGAAAGAUGCGGAGUCCCCUUUUCCUGUUGUAUCCCAGAUCCUGCACAAAAUGUGGUGAAUACCCAGUGUGGCUACGAUGUCAGAAAUAUGUCUUUAUCAUAUUGGGAGGAACGAAUCUUCACAAGGGGCUGCAUCGCUGCCCUGGAAGCCUGGCUGCCCAGAAAUAUUUAUAUCGUUGCAGGAGCCUUCGUUGCAAUUUCAUUAUUGCAGAUAUUUGGGAUUUUCCUGGCUAAGACACUGAUUUCUGAUAUUGAUGCAGUGAAGUCCGGCUUUUAUUUCCCAAGAUAAAAACUAUCCACAAAGACCAAUCGAUCUUCACUCUUUGUACCACAAUUGUAAAGGGAAACGAAAGGAAGUCUGAAGCUUAGAAAACAUUGAGUUCACCUAGAACGUAAAGCCGCUAUAUGUCUUUGGUUAAAAUGCUGGAUGAAAUCUUGCUCUGAUUUUUGAGAAUUGUUUUUCAACAUUGUUUUGUUUGAAGGAGACACAUUCACUCCAGCUCUUUUCUGCAUGCUGAUGGGUGAAGACCAGGGCAUGCAACAUCAACCUCCUUUUAGUGAUGUCCGUAUCAGGACCAUUGUUUCUAUUUUAUUUUUUCCUCCUUCCUUUUUCUUUACAGGAUUUUGAAGUUAGAAUGUUACAUUCCAAAUGUUUCAGUGCCUAGAAAAAAAAAAGAAGUCGCACAAUGCCAAAUAAUUAAGGGUGUGGAGAUGAGAGAGGAAGGCCUGCAAGUUUAUGCUGAUACUAAAAACAAGUUCAGGGAAUGUUGUACAUGUUGACAAAUGGAAGUAUAUUGUUUGUGAAUUUUUACAUGGAAGCCAUGUUUGUAGAGUUGUAUGAGUGGGUGGGAUUAAGGAUUCCUGCUCUUUCUUAACCCUUUGGUUAGACCCCAUGCGUAGAGAAGAUGGGCAUUUUCCUCCUGUGGAACAGAUCCAAUGAAUCCAUUUCAGAUGCUACAAGAUCUGGAGAAGACACUGCCUGCUUUAGAAGGAACUCUUAUCAGAUUGCAAAUAUUUACCUAAGUGGAUUUAUAAAAACAAAGAAACAAAUGCUAUUAUUUUCAUUCCCUGGUGUCAAGACUGGAUUCUCAUGUCAUUUCUUUAUUUUAGACUUUUGUAAAAUUGGUCUAGUUAUUUAUAUUGGUUUGGAAAAAGGAAUGUGCUAUUCUACAACAUAGCUAACAUUGCAGGAAGUGGUUACACAUGAUAUAAAAUCACAUCCGCUGAAUGUUAUUGCUAAAUUUGAUGGUAUAUUUCUAAAAAAAAUAGUCACAAGUAGA